AUGCCUUACGAAAAGUCUGGAUCCUCUACCAAACGGCUGCCGCCCCAACUGGCCAAGUGGCUCGCCCUCAUCAUCGCGACGGUGGCGAUGUGUUUGUUGACCUGGGCCGUCACCGGCGCCUCGGCGCCGUCGUUCUACCGGCUGCCAGACCUGGCGCCGAUGAUGAUGACCCUGCCUAUGCCGCCGCUGAGACUGGCAACGGCGCUGGCGCAGUCCGGCGAGCGCAACCCCACCGCUGACUUGCGCGAGAUCUUCGCCGUCACCCCCGUCUUAUUGUUGGUGGACCGCCCUUCAGCUAAGCUCAGACAAGUGGAAGUGGCCCUCCGCAAGCUCAGCAUCACCCCGGAGAUGACCGUAGUCGACUUGGCGCAGCACCCCAACCACGACGCCAUUGUUGACUACCUCGAAAACAUCAGUCUGUGGGGCGACGACGUCCCGCGCCUUUUCAUCGGCGGGCGCCCCGAAGCGACUCUCGACGAUAUCUUACGUUGGGACCAAGAGGGCUCGUUGGCAUCGACCGUCAGAGCUCGCGGCAACGGCUUGAUCUCGUUGGGCCAUUAG